AAAAGAUCUAUGAUAUUACUUAAACAAAAUGAGGCAUAAAUUCCUAGUGUUUACAGAUGUCAUACAACAAUAGAAAGCAAAUUCACAAAUAGUUGUAGAUGUUAGCAUUAAAUAUGAUGAAUGAGCGUGUGCUGAGACCAAACGCCUCCAGAAAAAAGAACAGGAUGCACGUGCUCUGGGCAAUUCUGAGGCUGGCCUGCCUCCACUGGCUGUGGAAGGAUUGCGAACGUCUCCCUUCCUCUCGCUCCAAACUUGUGCAAUACCUUCCCUUGUACGGCGCACCAAGACAGCAUCUGGCCUUCUCUUGACUCUAAGGCAUCAUGUAUCAUUUAUGACCGUCUUUAUUCUUUUCUCAGUAGCCCUCGACAAGUGAGCAGUACUUCUUGGCUCCAACUCUCAUAAACGUGUAACCAGACUCCAUUGGAAGACGGUAACCCCACGCGAUACGGACUGUGCUUGUAUUAAUUUUCUUUUAAGGUUACUACAGAAAUAUUAAUACAGUACUUGAGAAUUCCUGACGGACGCAGCCUCACUUCCUCAGCUCUCUCAGCCGGCCUCCGCACCCGGUACCGCAGCUUUCACUCCCGCCACCCACCGUUCCGCCGCUAGGGGGCAGGCGGCUCAACGACGCCCAUUUAAACCGUUUGCCCGGGAGUGGCCCGCCGGGAUCGCGUGUCACCACCCAACCCUGGCGAUGAUUGGCUAUUUUGCCGAGGCCGGAGGCGGAGCCAGCGGCAGAACCGGAAGUAUCUGGUACGGCAAGUGCACAGAGUCCGCAGACUGCGUGCGCACCCGGGCACCGCGCCGACUUAAAGAGGCCAGUUGCAGCCCCUCCUCUGGCCUGAGGGGACAGACCGUGUUCCUACGUGGAGGGCGGAACCCUCACACUGAGGAGGGCUGGGUCACACUGAGGGGAGGAGUCACCUUGAGAGGAGGGGUCACAAUGACUUAGUGGAGUUACUCGGAGGUGGGGUCUCACUGCGUGGGAGGAACACAGAGCAAGGGGGUGCAGCACUGAGGGGUUCUGACACACACUGACGGUGGCAGUGCCACACUGGGGAAAAGUGCCCCCGAAAGGGAGGUGUCUCCGAGAGAAAGCGUUCUUUGAGGGGGUGGGAUCUUGCGGAAGGAGGGGCUUCCCUGCAGACGGUGGCUUCUCUCUUAGAGUCAUUUGGACAAAGUAAUAAGAGGGAGGUCCUGGCUGGGUAGUCACAGGGCGGAGGACCUGGACUCUCUUCUUUAUUGGGAGGCGGCAGGAUGAAGUGAGGAGUCGGGGCUAAGCUGGGUAUGGGCCGGCCAAAGGCUCCCUAUAGCCCCAAGUUAUCACAAGCUCCCGUGAAGGUAGAAGGUGUUAGGGAGGCCAGAGGUUCAAGGUGUCGGAGUCGAAGAGACCUGGGAAAUGGGCAGGCUGGGCCGGGGCGCAGGCCAGGAAGGUGGACAGGUUGCUGGGCUGCCUCGGAUUGCGACUGGGCCUGAGGGGCCUACGUUUCUGCCCCGUUGGUCCCUGGAGCCCAGGAAUCCGGCAGGUUUCUGAGUCCGACCCACAACGGACAGUCCCAGGGAGGACAGGGGACUCCCUGGGCAGCUAAGCUUCGCAUGCGCACCAUCAGCCCUUGAUUCCCUUUCGUUAUUCAAGUUCAGCCUGAGCUUAUUUGACCCGGGCGGCCCAGGGCGUCGCGGCCGGAGAGCGGGGAGGCGGGGGUGCGCACCUGAGGGGGCGUGGCCGCUGCCGGGAGGCCGGGCUGGAAGGAGUUAAGCGGAGGCCCGUCCCAGCCCCGCCCCCGGCAGGCCGCGGAGCCUGAGCCCCGGCGGCUAAGCGGUGCAGCCGCCGCCCGCCCGCCCGCCUCCGCCCGCGGCGAGCUAGCCCGCCGGCGCCCGGGAGCGCUGCCGCCACCGUCGCCGCCACCGUCACCGCCACUGCCCGGUCCAGGCCCAAGCCCAGGCCUACGCAGAGCGGAGCGGCGCGGCGUCCACCCGGGCCCAGCUAGCCGGCGCGGCGGGGGCGGGUCCAGGAUCUUCGGCUGAUCUUCAUUCUCAAGGCGGGAGCGGGAGUCCGGGCGCCCAGGAUCUGGCUGGGCCCGCGCCCAUGGCAAGCGCGGCCUGCCCGGGCCCCGGGGACCCUGCCAUGUGAGGCAGGCCCGGGCUGGGGGCCCGGCCAUGGCCGGGGAACGGCCCCCACUGCGGGGCCCUGGGCCCGGGCCUGGAGAGGUGCCGGGGGAGGGGCCCCCGGGGCCGGGGGGCGCGGACGGAGGCCCGGGCCGCGGCCGCCCCUCCUCCUACCGGGCUCUCCGCAGCGCCGUGUCUAGCCUGGCCCGUGUGGACGAUUUUCACUGCGCGGAGAAGAUCGGGGCCGGCUUCUUCUCUGAGGUCUACAAGGUUCGGCACCGACAGUCAGGGCAAGUCAUGGUGCUGAAGAUGAACAAGCUCCCCAGUAACCGGGGCAACACACUACGAGAAGUGCAACUGAUGAACCGGCUCAGGCACCCCAACAUCCUAAGGUUCAUGGGGGUCUGUGUGCACCAGGGACAGCUGCACGCUCUUACAGAGUAUAUGAAUGGGGGGACCUUGGAACAACUGCUCAGCUCCCCUGAACCCCUAUCCUGGCCUGUCAGGCUCCGCCUGGCCCUGGACAUUGCCCGAGGCCUGCGGUACCUGCACUCCAAAGGUGUAUUUCACCGGGACCUUACAUCCAAGAACUGUCUAGUCCGACGGGAAGAUCGAGGCUUCACCGCUGUCGUGGGUGACUUCGGGCUGGCUGAAAAGAUUCCUGUGUAUAGGGAGGGGGCAAGAAAGGAGCCAUUGGCUGUGGUGGGCUCCCCAUACUGGAUGGCUCCAGAGGUGUUACGGGGUGAGCUGUAUGAUGAGAAGGCUGAUGUCUUUGCCUUCGGAAUUGUCCUCUGUGAGCUCAUCGCCCGAGUACCUGCAGACCCUGACUACCUACCACGCACUGAGGACUUUGGCCUGGAUGUGCCUGCUUUCCGAACUCUGGUGGGGGAUGACUGUCCACUGCCUUUCCUGCUUCUGGCCAUCCACUGCUGCAGCCUGGAACCCAGCACCCGUGCCCCCUUCACCGAAAUCACCCAGCACCUGGAAUGGAUCCUGGAGCAGCUGCCUGAGCCAGCCCCACUCACCAGGACUCCCCUGACACACAAUCAGGGCUGUGUUCCAAGAGGGGGUCCCUCUGCCACGCUUCCUAGGCCAGACCCCCGGCUUUCCCGAAGCCGGUCAGACCUCUUCCUGCCCCCAUCACCAGAAUCACCCCCAAACUGGGGGGACAAUCUGACUCGAGUCAACCCCUUCUCACUACGGGAAGACCUCAGGGGUGGCAAGAUCAAGCUUUUGGACACACCCAGCAAGCCAGUCCUGCCUCUUGUGCCACCAUCACCAUUCCCCUCCACUCAGCUGCCCUUGGUGACCACCCCGGAGACGCUGGUCCAGCCUGGAACACCUGCCCGCCGCUGCCGCUCACUACCUUCAUCCCCUGAGCUCCCCCGCCGUAUGGAGACAGCACUUCCAGGUCCUGGCCCUCCUCCCGUGGGCCCCUCCGCUGAAGAGAAGAUGGAGUGUGAGGGCAGCAGCCCUGAGCCGGAACCUCCAGGACCAGCGCCCCAGCUGCCUCUGGCUGUGGCCACAGACAACUUCAUCAGCACCUGUUCCUCGGCCUCCCAACCCUGGUCCCCUAGAUCAGGACCUGUCCUCAAUAACAAUCCCCCAGCUGUGGUGGUGAACUCCCCACAAGGCUGGGCUGGGGAGCCCUGGAACCGGGCCCAGCAUAGCCUGCCCCGGGCGGCAGCCCUGGAGCGGACAGAACCCUCGCCACCCCCUUCAGCUCCCCGGGAGCCUGAUGAGGGGCUGCCCUGUCCUGGCUGCUGCCUCGGCCCCUUCAGCUUUGGCUUCCUGUCCGUGUGCCCCCGCCCCACACCAGCUGUUGCCCGCUACCGCAACCUGAACUGUGAGGCGGGCAGUCUCCUCUGCCACCGAGGGCACCAUGCCAAGCCACCCACACCCAGCCUGCAGCUGCCCGGGGCACGCUCUUAGCAGUGGAGCCUGUGGUCUCAGGCCUCCAACUUUGGCCUUCAGGACACCCUGUAAGAACAGAGCACACUUGCUGGACAGUGCCAGUUCCAGAUGGGUUGACUGGCUCUUCUCCCUGUGUAGGGGAGCCCCAGCAUGGACUCGAGGGACAGAGCACUUCCAGUUCGAUCCCCGGCUCGUGUUCCCAUGGGGAUCACUGAACCAGACACAGCAUUGCUGACACAUGAGACUAACACGUGCAAUUAUUUAAAAAGAUUUCAAUAAAACUGCCUGGCUGGCUCCGGGCUGCCCCUA